AUAUUUAACAUCCUAUAUUAACUAUAUACUAUAUAAUUGAAAACAAAAUUAAUGAAAUUUGUGGGAAUUGCAAUAUAAUGACGGCUGAGCAGUUUCAUGAGAUCCUGGUGGGUCUCACCUCAUCAGACAAUGAUUUGAGAGGAAAAGCAGAGGCAGCUUAUGAAGAAUUUCCGAUCACAGAUCGCUUCACACACUUGAUGGAAGUAGUGAGUAUUUUGAAUGGAAAUGACGAAAUUCGACAACUUUCAGCUGUUUUGAUGCGAAGAAUUGUGACAAGCAAUUAUGAAGAAGCGUAUAUUCCUUUAGCCCCAGAACUUCAGCAAAGAAUUCGUGAACAAUUAUUAUUCACAUUGAAAUCGGAACCGAAUAAUGUAAUGAGGAGAAAGUUGGGAGAUUUUGCUGCAGAACUCGCAAGAAAACAUGUUGAUGAUGACGGGAAGAAUCACUGGCCUGAAAUAUUGAAAUUUUUGUUUGAAUGUAUCAGCUCAAAUGAUGUUGGUUUAAAAGAAAUUACACUUCAUAUAUUUUGCCAAUAUUCCGGAAUAUUUGGGAAUCAACAAGCUCAUUAUCAAGAUGUUCUCAGACAAAUGCUCGAACAAUCAAUGCAAGAUGAACAACCACCUCAGGUUUCAUUCUUAGCAGCACGAGCAGCAGUUGCAUUUCUUAUUGAAAACGAAUCAAAUACCCAGUUGUUGAGGCAUUAUCAAGAUUUAUUACCAGGGAUAUUGAAGGCAACAAUGAAGAGUGCAUCAGAUGGUGAUGAUGAAGUUUUGAAAAGUUUGGUUGAAUUAUGUGAAGAUAUUCCCAAAUAUAUCAGGCCCAGAGUCGCAGAUCUUCUUACAAUGUGCUUGAAGUUAAUAGGAGACGUAGAAAUAGAAGAAUCAAUCAGACAACUCGCAUUAGAAGUUAUUGUAACACUUGCUGAAACAGUACCGGGACUUAUCAGGAAACAAAAGACUUAUAUUUCACAAAUAAUCCCACAGACUCUCGCUCUCAUGGUUGACUUAGAGGAUGAAGAUCCCACUGAAUGGGCAAACUCUGAGGACACGGAAGAGGACGAAUGCGACACCAAUCCUGUAGCUGGAGAAAAUGCUCUUGAUAGACUCGCUUGUGCCCUCGGUGGUCAGGCUGUGCUUCCACAUAUUCUUGCAACGGUUCCUGCUAUGCUACAAAAUCCUGAUUGGAGAUAUCGGCACGGAGGUUUGAUGGCAAUAUCAGCAGUGGGUGAGGGUUGCCACAAAUACAUGGAAGAAAUAUUGUCAGAGAUUGUUGGUGUUGUUAUUCCUUACCUUGGUGAUAGUCAUCCAAGAGUGAGGUACGCAGCAUGUAACGCAGUUGGUCAGAUGUGCACAGACUUUGCUCCAACAAUGCAGAAAUCAUUUCAUGAAAAAAUCAUUGUUGGUCUUUGUGAGGUUUUGAAUGAUGACAAGAAUCCUAAAGUACAGGGUCAUGCGGCUGCUGCAUUGGUUAACUUUAUUGAAGAAUGUCCCAAAGGAACGAUGAUUUUGUAUCUGGAUCCAUUAUGUAGCAAAUUGGAACAAGUUUUGAAUUCAAAAAUACAAGAGCUUCUUGUGAAGAAAACAAAACUGGUUCUGGAACAAAUCACAACAACGAUUGCUGCUGUUGCAGACAGAGCAGAAGAAAAAUUCAAUCCAUAUUACGACAGGUUGAUGCCUUCACUGAAGUACAUUAUGGAGAAUGCGAAUGGAGAUGAAUUCAGAAUGUUACGAGGAAAAACAAUUGAAUGUAUCAGUUUGAUUGGACUUGCUGUCGGGUCUGAAAAAUUCAUGAAUGAUGCUCAGUCAAUAAUGAAUCAGCUACUCAAAGCACAAGCCGACAUAGAAUCCUGGGAAGAUGAUGAUCCGCAGGUCUCGUACAUGAUGAGUGCAUGGGCAAGAAUGUGCAAACUUCUUGGUCAAGAUUUUGUUCAAUACCUUCCGAUUGUCAUGGCACCGUUGAUGAAAGCAGCCGGGAUUCGACCCGAGGUCGCCAUGAUGGAUUCACAAGAUGCCGAUGUUGUAGAGGAAGAUGAAGGAUGGGAAUUCAUCAAGAUGGGAGACCAGAGAAGCUUCGGUAUCAAAACAACAGGAAUGGAACAGAAAGCAACUGCUUGUCAGAUGUUGGUUUGUUAUGCUCGUGAAUUAAAAGAAGGAUUUGCUAAUUACGCUGAGGAAGUCGUCAAACUCAUGGUUCCACUGCUUAAGUUUUUCUUUCAUGAUGGAGUGAGAGCAUCAGCCGCAGAAUCUCUUCCUCUAUUGAUGGAAUGUGCAAGUUUGCGAGGAGAUGAGUAUGUUGCACAAAUGUGGGGAUACAUUGCUCCUAAUAUUCUCGAGGCUGUUUCACAAGAACCUGAUGCCGAUGUCAUGCCUAUGGUUAUGGAAGCUUUGGCAAAGUGUAUUGAACUUCGAGGUCACGGGUGCUUUACAAUGGAACAAUAUCAGGAACUUGCCAAGACUUUGAAUUCAAUGUUGGAAAAACAUUUUACGAGAGCUCAGGAACGACAGGAGAAAAGAAAAGAUGAAGAUUAUGAUGAGGAGGUUGAAGAAACUCUUCAAGAUGAAGAUGAAGAAGAUGUUUACAUAUUAUCAAAAAUUGCAGACAUUCUGCAUUCAUUGUUUGGAACUCAUCGCGAUGAACUUUUCCCUUUUUUUGACUCAAUUCUUCCGCAUUAUAUUAAACUUUUGGGUCCUGACCAACCGUGGCCCGAUCGUCAGUGGAGCUUAUGUGUAUUCGAUGACAUUGUUGAAUAUGCCGGUGCCGCUUCUCUCAAGUAUAAAGAUAUUUUUCUGAGGCCUCUUCUAGCUUACCUGACAGACAAGAACGCAGAAGUCAGACAAGCAUCAUCCUAUGGUAUUGGAGUGAUGGCAAUGUUUGCUGGGGAAGCCUAUGCUGAUGCCAUUAAAGAGGCACUACCGAUACUACAAGCAGUUAUUGAGGGACCCCUUUGUAAAGGUGUUGAAGGUCCUGUGUUGCAGGAAAAUAUUGGGCCAAUGGAGAAUUGCAUUUCUGCUGUUUGUAAGGUUCUGAAGUAUCAGCCACAUCUCAUUGAUGGAGAUAAAGAUGAGUUGCUACGGAGAUGGUUGUCGUGGUUACCUGUUGUUGAAGAUAAAGAAGAGGCAACUCAUGUGUACAGUUUUUUAUGCGAAUUAAUCGAAAACAAUAAUGCCGUAGUUUUGGGUCCUAACAGCAGUGAAAUCUCACGGGCGAUCGUACUUCUUAGCGAUGCUAUAUUUAGUGGUGCUUUGUCAGAUUCUGAAGAAGUUACUAAUCAUGUCAUUUCAAUCAUGAGGCGAAUUCAGUCAUCAGCAAGCGAUGUAUGGAUGAAUGUAUUGUCUCAACUUCCACCAGUUAAAACAAAAGCAGUUCUGUCAAUUUUGGAAGAUCAUCAACAUCCCGCAUGAUAAUUCAUAUUAGUUAAAAAUGGAAUGGUUUUGCAAUUUCACCAUGGUGCCAACAAGGGAGAUCUUAAUAAGCAUAUUCUCCGAGUUGAACAUAGGACUAGUUGCCAAAUAUAAUAAGCUAUGGAUAUACUUGAAUUAUUGUGUUCGGAAAAUUCGCCGUAGGAAAUUUUGCCGCAUAGAAAAAAUCGCAAGAGCAUUUUGCUAUAAAACAAGUAUCUGUGAUAAAAACAGAAUCUUUUUUAAAUAAGGCGAUUUUUCUAUGCGGCUAAAUUUCCUGUGACAAAUUUUCCUAGAACCCUGAAUUAUACCUGUUAUACUGUUAGCUAUUAUGCAAUUGGAAAAAUGAAUAGUGUAAACACUGAAUAAAUUUCGCUGUCUUUUGAUCAAUUUAGUUCUGCGUGCUGCAAUGAUAAAAUUGUAUGAAAUCCUCCUCUGUAUUUCCAUCAAUUUACUGGAUUAUUUUGCUUAUUCAAGAAAAUUGUUAGGAAUUCCAGAUUCAGUUUUUUUCCAUUACUUUUACACUUUACAAUAAUAAUAAUUAUGUCAUUAAUUACUAUUCUCUAAAAUAGAGGAGAAUUACCAGUAUUUUGAAAUAUUUGUUUGAUGAUUCAGUUAAACAAACAAAAUUAUUCGCAUGUUGGUUCUCGUACCUACAUAGCUUCUGUAACAGAUCACCAAAUACCACCUGAUGAAAGGAUUCCUUUUCAACCAAUUUUGAAAAAAAAAACACCAUGCCGGCAUGUUAUCACAGUUAGAGAAAAGUUUCAUCUGUAUUGAGAAAAAAUUGACCAGCUUCUUGGCUUAGUUUAAAAUAAUUAGCUCGACUCGGCUUGUAAAUUUGCGAUAAUUUAUGCUCCUAUCACAGAAACUAUUUCUGUUGGAUAUUUUUGGUAAUCUCAAUGCUUUUUGUUAUUUAUUUAACUGUCUCCCACUUUGCCACUUGCGAUAAGUUCAAUAUUUUAACCCCGCUUCGACUUCGAAUUCUAGUAUAAAGUAAAACUACGCUACAGGGUUACCUAGGUUAUGACGCGAUGUAAUUGAAAUAGAUUAUUGGCACAAUAUUUGACUUUUUCUAUUUCAUCAGCAUACUGUUGAAAAAUCCAUAUUUAGUGUUUGUACUUGUCAUGGAUUUAAAUCACUCGAUCAAAAAUGUCAAAUGUGGACUGGUUUCAAUUCCUAUGUUCUGUAUGUUAUCGUGCUGCCUAUCCUCGCAUGUUUAAACUAUUUCAAUCGUACGUAGUUUUGUUUCGUCAUUUAGAAUUAUUGCUUUACCUUCCGUUUGUACAUUUAAAGCAAAUGUAAUGGUCUGAUUUUGCUGCUGAAUUUAGUUUUACUUUACCUUGCAUGAUAGUUGAAAUUAAACAAAAUCGCUUA